GGUAGUGAGCGCACCGUAGUUAUGAUAGGCUUUGAGAAAGCGGGAAAAAUUCCCCCCAAAUAUAAAUAGGGAAACAGGAAAAAGGGUUGGGUUCACCCCCAGCCAGAAAGAACGACGAUCAGGAAGAUGGCGCCACUGUUGCAGAGCUCACAACCAUGGGUUGAAAAAUAUCGGCCGAAGCAAGUGAAAGAUGUAGCGCAUCAGGACGAGGUGGUGCGGGUCCUCACCAACACCCUCGAGACCUCUAACUGCCCACAUAUGUUGUUCUAUGGCCCUCCUGGCACAGGAAAAACCACCACUGCACUUGCCAUCGCUCAUCAGCUCUUCGGACCCGAACUCUACAAGUCUAGGGUGCUAGAGCUGAAUGCAAGUGAUGACCGUGGGAUCAAUGUUGUUCGGACAAAGAUAAAAAAUUUUGCUUCUGUGGCUGUGGGAUCUGGUCAGCGCCAAGGGGGCUACCCUUGUCCGCCAUUUAAGAUCAUUAUUCUUGAUGAAGCAGAUUCAAUGACAGAAGAUGCACAGAAUGCUUUGAGACGUACAAUGGAAACUUACUCAAAAGUUACUAGAUUUUUUUUCAUAUGUAAUUACAUAAGCAGGAUCAUUGAACCACUUGCCUCAAGAUGUGCAAAGUUCAGGUUCAAGCCACUAUCAGAAGAAAUCAUGACCAGCCGUAUAUUGCACAUUUGUAAAGAAGAAGGCCUCAGUCUAGAUUCGGAGGCUCUCUCAACACUAAGUUCUAUCUCUCAAGGUGAUCUUCGAAGGGCUAUUACACACCUGCAGGGAGCUGCUCGCUUGUUUGGAUCUACAAUUUCUUCUACGGAUCUAAUCGGUGUGUCUGGGGUUAUUCCUCAGCAGGUUGUUGAGGAGCUUUAUGUAGCAUGCAAAAGUGGAAACUUUGAUUCGGCAAACAAGGAAGUUAAUAAAAUUAUUGCAGAGGGAUAUCCAGUUUCUCAAAUGCUUUCUCAGUUAUUUGAUGUGGUUGUCGAGGCAGAUGAUAUCUCAGAUGAACAGAAAGCUAGAAUUUGCAAGAAUUUGGCUGAAGCAGAUAAGUGUUUAGUUGAUGGUGCAGAUGAGUACUUGCAGCUGCUGGAUGUGACGAGCAACACAAUGCGAGCCCUUUGUAACAUGCCCCAAGAGUUCUCUUUUGAAAGUUAACAGGAAAAGCUUUAGGUUUUAUUAGGUGUGGGGACUUUUUGAAGCAUGUAUGAGAUCAACUUUAUGAAAAAUUUUCAAUCUGUAAAAUACUCAAAUGUCCACGCCACUGAGUAUGACUGCAUACUGAAUCUUUUAUAACUAGGUUAUAUUUCCUUCAUUAAAUCUGAGUCCUACUACCUAAAUCCAACAUCAGCAUUCAGAUGCCUAAAAUUGGGGUGAUUCUACAGUCCCUAGAGUAACCUGUGUUUGUGGGAAUCAGAUUUUUCUCAGCUAUCCAUGGAAGACAAGACAAAGCAUAAGGGGCUGCUGACUUUGUGUAAUUGAU